GGAAGGACAGUUUAUCUUCCCGUCAUCGUCGGCAUCUCUAUGGUUUCGUUUCCGGGUGCGGGGGGGAAGGAGAAGGGUACGGUUCAGUACGGUGGCUCAGGCGGCUCACGCCCUGCCGAAGGCGAAAGGCGGCGGUGGCGGGGCUCAGCAUGGCGGCGCACCUGAAGAAGCGGGUGUAUGAGGAGUUCACUAAGGUCGUCCAGCAGCACGACGAGAUCUCCGCCAAGAAGCUGCGGCUGACCAAGCCCAGUAAAUCGGCAGCGCUCCACGUAGAUCUGUGUAAGGCCACUUCGCCGGCAGAUGCCCUGCAGUAUCUGCUUCAGUUUGCCAGGAAACCAGUGGAGGCGGAAAGCGUGGAAGGAGUUGUCAGGAUCUUGCUGGAGCAUUAUUACAAGGAGAACGAUGCCUCUGUGAGAUUGAAGAUUGCUUCCUUGCUAGGUUUGUUAUCGAAGACGGCAGGAUUUUCUCCAGACUGCAUUAUGGAUGAUGUCAUUAACACGCUUCAAAAUGAGAAGUCCCACCAAGUUCUUGCUCAGCUGCUGGAUACCCUGUUGGUGAUUGGGACGAAACUCACAGAGAGCCCAGCUGUCAGAAUGAGACUGCUAGAUGUAGCCUGCAAGUAUCUGACGGACUCAUCCCAUGGAGUCAGAAACAAGUGCCUCCAGCUGAUUGGCUAUCUUGGAUCCGUGGAAAAAGGUGCCACAAAAGAAGCUGAAAGCCUGGCUGCCAAAGAUGUCCAGAAGAUAAUAGGGGACCACUUCAAUGACCAGGACCCUCGUGUUAGGACCGCAGCUAUAAAAGCUAUGCUGCAGCUACAUGAAAGAGGAUUAAAAUUGCAGCAGACUAUUUACAGUCAGGCUUGCAAACUGCUCUCAGAUGAUUAUGAACAGGUACGCAGCGCUGCAGUUCAGUUGAUCUGGGUCCUCAGUCAGCUGUAUCCUGAGAGCAUUGUACCAAUUCCUUCUUCCAAUGAAGAAAUUCGCUUAGUUGAUGAUGCAUUUGGAAAAAUAUGUCACAUGGUCAGUGAUGGCUCAUGGGUUGUUAGAGUGCAAGCUGCUAAACUGUUGGGAUCUAUGCAGCAAGUUAGUUCCCAUUUCUUGGAGCAGACACUUGACAAGAAGUUGAUGUCAGAUUUGAGGCGGAAGCGCACUGCACAUGAACGAGCCAAAGAGCUUUACAGCUCUGGGGAGUUUUCAAGUGGCAGAAAAUGGGGAGACGAUGCACCCAAAGAAGAAAUAGACACAGGCGCUGUGAACUUGAUUGAAUCGGGAGCUUGUGGGGCUUUUGUUCAUGGCCUGGAAGAUGAAAUGUAUGAGGUUCGGAUUGCUGCAGUUGAGGCCCUCUGUAUGCUGGCUCAGUCUUCACAGUCUUUUGCAGAGAAGUGUCUUGAUUUUCUAGUAGACAUGUUUAAUGAUGAGAUCGAAGAAGUAAGAUUGCAGUCGAUACACACGAUGAGAAAAAUCUCCAACAACAUAACGCUGCGAGAGGACCAGCUCGAUACCGUGCUAGCUGUCUUGGAGGAUUCCUCCCGAGACAUUCGGGAAGCACUUCAUGAACUGCUGUGCUGCACCAAUGUCUCGACUAAAGAAGGCAUCCAUCUUGCAUUGGUGGAGCUGCUGAAAAACCUAACCAAAUACCCUACUGACAGAGAGUCCAUAUGGAAGUGCUUAAAGUUCCUGGGAUGCAGGCAUCCUACUCUGGUGCUUCCACUGGUCCCAGAGCUGCUGAGUACACAUCCGUUUUUCGACACCCCAGAACCUGACAUGGAUGACCCAGCCUAUAUUGCUGUUCUGGUUCUCAUUUUUAAUGCUGCUAAAACUUGCCCAACAAUGCCAGCGCUGUUCUCGGAUCAUACUUUCAGACACUACGCCUAUCUUCGUGACAGUCUCUCUCAUCUUGUCCCUCCAUUGAGAUUGCCAGGUAGAAAACUAGUAUCCUCCCCUGUUUCCUCCAGUGUUACCCCCCAUGAAGAUCCUUCCCAGCAGUUCCUGCAGCAGAGUCUUGAGAGAGUUUACAACCUUCAGCACCUAGACCCGCAGAGCACACAGGAGCUGCUUGAAUUCACCAUUCGUGACCUUCAGAGGCUUGGAGAACUUCAGUCAGAACUGGCAGGGGUGGCAGACUUCUCCGCAACUUACCUUCGGUGUCAGCUGCUCCUCAUCAAGGCCCUCCAGGAAAAACUGUGGAAUGUGGCAGCUCCUCUCUACCUGAAACAGAAUGCUUUGGCAUCAGCUGCUGCAAAACAGAUUAUGGAAGAAACUUACAAAAUGGAGUUUAUGUACAGUGGAGUGGAAAAUAGACAAGUGGUCAUUAUUCACCACAUGAGACUGCAAGCCAAAGCGUUACAACUUAUAGUGACUGCACGUACUACUAGAGGAGUGGAACCCCUUUUUGGAAUGUGUGAAAAUUUUUUACAGGAGGUGGAUUCUUUUCAGAGAUGUUUUAUUUCUGAACUGCCCCAUAUGCAAGACAGUUUUGUGGAUAAGCUGCUGGACUUAAUGCCCAGACUUGUGACCUCCAAGCCUUCAGAAGCGGUGAAGAUCCUGCAAACAACGCUACGACAGAGCACCUUCCUUCACCUUCCUCUUCCAGAGCAGAUCCACAGAGCUACUGCAACUAUUAUUGAACCUGCUGGCGAGUCUGAUAACCCUUUGAGGUUUACAUCAGGACUCGUGGUGGCAUUGGAUGUCGAUGCAACUCUGGAACAUGUGCAGGACCCUCAGAGCACAGUUAAAGUUCAGGUAUUAUAUCCAGAUGGACAGACACAGUUAAUCCACCCUAAACCAGCUGACUUUCGAAAUCCUGGUCCUGGAAGACACAGAUUGAUAACUCAGGUUUACCUUUCUCAUACUGCCUGGACAGAGCCAUGUCAGAUUGAAGUGAGGUUACUACUGGCGUACAACUCCAGUAGGAGCAAAGCUUCCACUAGACUCUCAAAAUCCACCUGGAUUGACAGCAUGGAGGCUCUUCCACCGUUUGAAUAUGGCAUUGAGGGAACCAUACCAUUCAGCAAACCUGUCAAAGUGUAUAUAAUGCCAAAACCUGCCAGACGGUGAAGUCAAUCACUAGCAGACUUUAUUUGUGGGAUUGUUGGGUUAUAUAUAAACAAAUUGCUAUGUUCAAGAUAGUGAAUCAGACCAAAACAGUGUUACCGUUAAUAAUAAUAAUAAUAAUAAUAAUAAUGAUAAAAAAAAAGGUACCUCAGAAGAAGACAGCUACAAAAUAACAAAUGGCACUCCCUAUGGAAAAACUUGUUGAUUUUUAUAAAAUGUACCAGUUUUUGCAGAUGGUUGUGAAUGGUUUCAUUGAAUACACAAAUAGUUACAUUCAAUACACAGACAUUUCUAAAUCAAAGUAACAAAAACAAGACAAUUCCUAAUUAAGAUUGGCAUUCCCUCCAUUGAUAUUCUCACUGGGCCAGAUUCUGCAGUCCUUAAUUCCUGCCUAGGCAAAACAGCCAGUGGCUUCCAUGGGAGAUUUUUCCUGAGUGCGUGGUAGGUACAGCUGGCAAUAUUUAUUAUACAAAUAUAUAGUAAGGAUGUAGAUGUGUAUAACAGUCUUAUGACUAUGCUAAAUCAGGCAGAGUUUUAGGCAUGUGUAUUCGUGCAUUGAUCCUUGUAUGCCCAGUAAAAAUCCUUCUCUAAAGAGCUGUCAUGCCGGUACCGGCAGGAGGUACUUCUCAAAGUUGUAUAACUUGGGCUGCUCACACCUUGUGCACCGUAUUGAAGUGAGUGGCAUUGCAUGGGGUAUUAAUCCAUGCCAACUUUGGGGUGUUGUCUGUUUUAAAACAAAAAAUCUGUCACCAAUAAUGAGACUUAGACUUAGGUUGGUUACCUAACAUAGAGUAAUAGCUAUGCAACAUCCGUGUAAAAUCAGUGACUUACUUUCCUUUCCUAUCCCUAAAAUGAUAGGGAGGCAAUAUAUAUUUACCCAGUGAACUUAAACUCUUCUUCUCAACUUCGUUUUGUGUGUCUCCUUAUGAAGAAUGUGAGCUAGUGGCACAGGCUUAAGAGUUAAUAGCUGUUUUGUUCCAGUAUAAUGCAAACUCUUUUUGUAAUCUUGUGCUGAGCUUAUCUUGCUAUGGUUAGAUAAUUAGCCUUCUAAUUUGUGCAACUCUGCAUCAGUUUUGGUAGUCAAAGGAAGUCUAAGAUCUGCUUUAGUAGCUGGUCACACUCAGUUAAGUGAUAUUGAGCUACAUUGUGCUUAUCCUUUUGAGAAGAUACACAAGGGGUGGGAUCAAAGGCAUAUGGAGAUUUACCUAAGGGGCAGGCACAGUUUAUAGCCCUUCAGUCAAGGAGCAGGAGGGUUGUUCUUGGCUCAUGUCUACUGCCCCAUGCUCUGGGAGGUGUUAUACUUGCCUGAGAGAUGCUUCUGUUGGGAAAGUGUCUCUGCACCUCUCCGUAACACAGGGCUGUGCCUCCUGUGAUUUCCAGCUACGGCAGGUAGGAUUUACCAGAAGCACUUAGCCAAAUGUUGCCUGUGUUUGUAAAUUAUUUGUAAAAAUCUGUAUUUGUAGCAAGUAAACUGAAUUGCUAAAAAAUGCUUUUUCACUUGCAUACAAAUUAGCAUAAAUAAUUUUGCAUAAAAUUCCCUUUAAGUGUGCUUUUCUACAAUAAAACUGAAAACCCCAAUCUAGCCGGUUUCUAUUUAUUAUAAGCGUGAACAUGUAUUGCUGUAGGGGUUUGUGCUAAUGAAAAGAGAGGUCACUACUUGUUUAGACUAAGAUACUGGCACACUUGAGGAGUUGAGGCCUCCUCAACCAAAUGCCUGUAGCCACUCAGCUAUGUUAGGUAUUCCUGAAUGAAACCUCACUUUGUAACAUUAUUGCUCUUACAAAUUGUUUUUAUAUUUCACCUUUAGGGCCCUGGUUUGAAAACAGCCUGCAUCUGUAGCAACAGAGUUACCAGCUAACUGCUGUGUGGCGGCCUAAGUUCAGUUUCCAGCGGACAGGGUUUGAUGUACAUCUCUUAUUAUGAAGCUGAAUCCUGGGCAAUUUCUUGAUGUAUUGAGCUACCUCCUGACAGAUGUUCUUACACUUGUUUUACACUUUGGCAAUAUUUGUAUAGUUUGUCAUCCCAAUAAAAAAUCUGGAUUCAA